UGACCUGUGUAAUAGGAAGACAGGCUCAGCAGCAACUCUCUAUGUCCUGUCACUACAUCGGCCCGGCUCCCAACGCUGCACCCUGCUUUACAGUUCCGCACUCCGGAAGAGUAGCACCAAAGGGGACUUGGAAACAGUGCAGAAAAUAACAUGAUUAUACGUACACAUGUCAUAAAAUUACACAUGUUUGUUUGUUUGUUUAUUUUGGUUAAUUCUUUUAAUAAGCGUUAUUGUAUAAAAUAAUGCCCUGAAAAAAAAUGUCUGCCCGCAGUCACUGGCGUCAUUUCAGCGCGUCUGCGUCACUCUGGUUCUGCUGCUAGGCAUGCGCAGAAAUGUGUGCGAGUGCGAUUGUGCUAUCUUCUGUCGUAAGUCAUUGUAUAUAAUAAUAAUAAUAAUAAUAAUAAUAUAACACAGUGCCGUAGGAAGUGCUGCAAAUACUGGAAAAGAGGCAGACCUAGGCGUCCCGCAGCUGCACGUUUUGGAUGAAACCUGUGAUUUGUGAAAGAAAUACAGAUAAAUUACAUCAUAAGGAUCAUUCUAUUAUAUUUUGCAUUGUUAUAUUAUUCCGUAUUGCAUGUACUUCUGACCAAUUAGAAGAAACUAGCACUGAUUUGUAAUGGAGUCUUCUUUCCAUGAUAUCACUUAUGGAUUUCCUGUUAUUUCCAAACAGCACAUGGAUAUUAAGCAGAUUUUGUCAUACACAAAUCUGUAAAUAAGUUAUGACUAUAAUUGCAAAACAAAAAGGUUGUUAAUACUAGUUUUAUAUAUGGAUCUUUUGUUUGCGGAUUGCUGUCAUUCACAUUAUGACUAUGGAAGCUAGUGGGCCUCAGGUUAAGAGACGGCCACCAGUCCGGAAAAGGAGUCUCUCUUCAGGUUACAGUCUUCUUACUCCAGAUAAGAAGAGGCUGAGUAAUAGAGAGGACAUGCAGAUGACUUCUAACCCCUACGAUAUGGAUUAUUGUCCUAAAGCGGAAGAUAAAGAGGGUUACUGCAGUGAUGAUGACUUGUUUGGAGAAUAUGACAGCUUUGCUGAGGACCCAUCUUUGCUAGCGCAGAUGGAUGACUUGGAGGAAAAAUGUAAGCAGGAGACUGCUAAUAGUGUGUCUUCUUUUACGCUAGAAAAAAAACUGGAAACGUGUAAUCAUGUUGUGACACAAAUUAAAAACACUAAAUAUAACAUUGGAAUACAAGAACUAGGACACCAAGUCAAGAAAAGUACGAAUGAAUCAAAAGAUCUAACAAAGGAUUUUUUAGAUGAUCUUCCAUGUUCACAACUUUUUUGUGAAGAUACUGCAACAACGUCAAUAAAUAAAUCCACUCACAAUGAUGAUUUGUAUAUUGAAGGAACACGUGACUUGUGUCAAACUGACCUAAUAGUUGGUGCAGAUACAUCAAAAGUCCUUUCUUUAAACCACAAGGAGGUAAAAAGAAAAAGCUUACGGGACAGUCUCAAAAACACAUUGGCUGGGAAUGCUAAAGUCCAUACACCCCAAGUCUCUAGGUCUAAGCAAAUAAAGGAAAGUAUUCUUUUGGAGGAACUUGAUGUUGCCAAAAAGGCAGUGGAAAUGUCAUCUGAAAUUGACUUGGGUCCUUUUUAUGGUUUACCCAGCAAAGUUGGUGAUCUUAUUGAACAAUAUAGAGGAAUUAAAAAGCUUUACGAUUGGCAACAUACAUGUUUAACCUUGGAAUCUCUCAAACAGAGGAAGAAUUUAAUUUAUUCACUACCCACGAGCGGUGGUAAAACCCUUGUUGCAGAAAUUGUAAUACUUCAAGAACUUCUAUGCAGAAAGAAGGAUGUGCUAAUGAUCUUACCUUAUGUAGCCAUCGUACAGGAAAAGGUGCGUGGCUUGUCCAGUUUUGGAGUUGAGUUGGAAUUUUUGAUAGAGGAGUAUGCUGGCAGCAAAGGCAGGUUUCCUCCAAUCAAAAGGAGAACAAAAAAAUCUUUAUACAUAGCAACCAUUGAAAAAGGUCACAGUCUUGUAAACUCGCUGAUUGAAACUGGACGAAUUAGCGAACUAGGCCUUGUUGUUGUUGAUGAGUUACACAUGCUUAAUGAGGGGAGUCGAGGUGCCAUUUUAGAAAUUACGUUGGCAAAAAUUCUCUAUACAAGUGAAACCACACAUAUCAUUGGAAUGAGCGCAACGUUAAAUAAUGUUGCUGAGCUGCAGCAAUUCCUUAAAGCUGAUUAUUACACGGAUAAUUUCAGACCUGUAGAACUGAAGGAGUAUGUAAAAUUGCGUGACUGUAUAUAUGAAGUUGAUAAUAAGGCAGAAAACAACUUUACAUUAUCCCGACCUCUUAACUAUAAGUAUUCAAGUAACAUGCUUAGAAUAGAUCCAGACCAUAUCAUUGCCUUGGUGACCGAAGUCAUACCAAAUUACUCCUGCCUGGUCUUCUGUCCUACAAAAAAGAACUGUGAAAAUGUUGCCGAAAUGAUUUGUAAAUAUCUUAACAAAUCAUACUUGAGUCACCGAGAAUCAGAAAAGAAGAUUUUAAUUGAAGACCUGAAGACCACAGGAAAUGGAACAAUAUGCUCCGUAUUAAAGCGCACCAUUCCCUUUGGCAUUGCUUAUCAUCACAGUGGACUGACCAGUGACGAAAGGAAACUGGUGGAAGAAGCCUAUUCGGCUGGAGUCCUCUGUCUCCUUACUUGCACCUCUACAUUAGCUGCUGGGGUCAAUCUGCCUGCCAAAAGAGUUAUUUUACGAGCACCAUAUGUUGCCAAAGAUUUCCUCAAGAGGGCCCAGUAUAAGCAAAUGAUUGGCCGGGCUGGGCGAGCUGGUAUCGACAGUUCAGGGGAGAGUAUCCUUAUUGUACAGGAAAAAGACAGACAAAUGGUUCAGGAAUUGGUUAGUAAACCACUAGAGAAUUGUUACAGCAACUUGAUGUAUAACUGCGGAAAAGGUUUCCAAAGUAUGCUGCUGUCACUAGUUGGCCUGAAGAUUGCAGAAACGGCUAAGGACAUAUACAAUUUUGCAUGUUGUACUCUAUUCAGUGUUCAACAACAACAUUUGUGUAAAGAAACGUCUUUGUGGGACAUAACAAAGGAAUCAUUGGAGUAUUUAGUAGAGAAAGGUCUUAUAUGCAGCAAACUAGGCCAUGAAACAGAGCAAGAGAUAUAUGAGGUCACAAGACUAGGUCAGGCAACCUAUAAAGGAUCUAUUGAUUUAUCUUACUGUGAUGUGUUGUACAGUGAUCUGAGAAAAGGCCUGGAAGGGUUAGUCCUUCAGAAUCACUUUCAUCUUCUCUACCUGGUGACCCCAUAUGAUAUGGUAGCUCAGAUCAACCCAGACUGGAUGAUUUACUUCAGACAGUUUAAUCAGCUUGAUCCUGUGGAUCAGAAAGUGGCUGGAAGUGUUGGAGUGCCUGAAAGUUUCCUAGCACGCAAAGUGUCAGGUCAAUCCUUAAAAAAGAGUGCAGAUGAUAGAGUGGUGAAUCGGCUUUAUCUGUCCUUUAUCCUGUAUGCCUUGAUAAAAGAGCUAGACAUCUGGUGCGUGUCUGCAAAAUUCAACAUGCCUCGAGGUUUCAUUCAAAAUCUGCUCAGCUCUUCUGCAUCGUUCUCCUCCUGUGUAUUGCAUUUCUGUGAGGAGUUAGAUGAAUUCUGGGCAUAUAAAGCUUUGCUUCUAGAAGUCACCAAAAAACUCAGCUACUGUGUGAAAUCAGAGCUAAUACCACUAAUGGAAGUGACUGGUGUUUUGGAGUCUCGUGCCAGGCAACUUUUCAAUGCAGGGUAUACUACUCUUGCCCACCUGGCUAAUGCUGAUCCACAGGUGAUGGUGAAGACCAUUGAACAUUUGUCAAAACGACAGGCAAACCAGAUUGUUUGCUCAGCCAAGAUGUUACUGAAUGAGAAGGCAGAAGCCCUACAAGAAGAAGUGGAAGAGCUUCUCCGACUUCCUUCGGAUCUACCAGAACUAAUCACUGGCACUGAACACCUUAAAACAAAUUAAUGAAUUUGUAUUGUCUAUUGUGGAAAUAUAUAUAUAUAUAUAUAUAUAUAUAUAUAUAUAUAUAUUUAAAUCAGAAUAUUGUUGAACAUUUGACUCGCAGGAAAUGUAAUAAA